AUGAGCCGCAACGUUGUUAGAGGGUUCCAGAGCGCCUCUGCCACACUUAUUCGAUACGCUGGUUCUCCGCUUGAGGAGCUUGUAGCCAGCAACGGCUCUGAUGGCCCUACAUGGUCGCAGGCGACGGACACAGUCUGUAAUGCAGUCGAGAGAGCCGACCCACGGGUCACUGUUGCAGACAUUCAGGGUUCUAGGGCUCACGAAUCGUCCAAAGAUAGGGAUGAUAAAGAAAAAGUCAUAACAGUGGGGUUGCAAACGAACUCAGGCACCCGGAUUGGCUCGCUGCACGUACAUCUCGAUGGCACUUUCAAGUUUUUCGCCUCUCGUGCUGGGAGGGAGGGAGGAUAUGCCGAAAAGAUUGCACAGGCUAAUAUCCCAGGCUACAUUUCUAGCUAA